UGACGUGAUGAGGUGAGAUGAAAUGAGUGCCGGCGGGCGGCGGAAUGAACGGCGGCACGGCCAUUGCCUGUCUGGGGCUGUACACCGCCGACAAACUUUCGUGUUGGCUUGCGCGGGAAGGUUUAUGGGAGAAUAGAGAACGUUCUGAUUGGUCUCCGCUUAUUCGAAACUUGGUGAAGUACCGCCCGGUAGUGAGAAUUUCACUGCCUCCCUCGAGCUUCGUUACGUUGCGACAGUCUCUGCCUCUGCUGGCGUCUGUCUAUUCUGUGGGUGCGCGAACGGUCUCUGCCUUCUGCAGUCUUUGUUCGUUGAAUUGUCAAAGCUGGCAAAGGGAGGGAGGAAAGACAGGGGCGAAAAAGAGGGAGACCGAGUGCCGCCAGGCGUGCUCCGGGCUGACACUGGCUCUCUCUGGGACGAGGGCGAGGGAGAUCGGACGGAGGAAUAAUUUUACGAUGGGUGCAGAUGUUUCGAAACAUGUGGAUCGAAUGCUGGAGGAGUGCGUCAUUCUUCGGAAGACGAUUCAUCGAAGCUUUGCCGAUUGUGACAAUAGUUGCUCUGGUGGAUUGGAAGAUUACCAAUUGCUCGGUGCGCUGCAAUUGGUAUUCCAGGUCACCCCUCACCCUCCUCCUCCAUCUGAUCUCUUCAGAUCUGCUCUUAUCCACGAUAAGCUUGGUCAGGAGCUGGAUCCGAAGUGCGAGAGGAUGUGCUUGAGGCCUCCAACGCAGGAGGACGUAGACGCGAUCGUGAGAAGAGAUAACAGCUUCGCGACCAAACGGUCGCUAACGGAGGAGCAGUUCGCGCACUUUGUCCGGGAGGUGCUUAAGCGUAUCGCCAUCGAAAGGGGCAAACGCGUCGGCUUGUUCGUGGUGGGAGGUAUUGCCGUUGUGCAGGUAGCCAAAGGUGUGUUGAAAAGAGUGCCCAUAUUUGGACCCCCUGUCGGCCUCUUCGUCAGCAUUCUCUGCCCCACUAGCAUCGUCGGACCGGCGCUCGGGGUUGCUGGGGCUGUGUAUUUCUCAUAAUUUGUUCGAUUUAGAUGUUAGAUAGAUGUUUUGCCUCUUUCAUCGGUCUCCUCUUAUACUAGUCACUCUCACAUGGACCAGGGAGGCAAUCGAGAAUGAGGCUGACUGCAGUUGAGCACGCCUAUGGAUAUAUGAUUCCUUCGUUCUGCACAUAAUCGUGGCGCUAAGUGUGAAUAUGAUCUCACCGGCUGCCCCGCCGCACACGCUUCAGAUUCUGACGGAGGGGAAGGAAGGAUAAUCGGGGCAAAAAGGAAAGAUGACGGGGAAGGGAAAUGAUUAUGUGUAGAUGCCUCUCUCGCUCUCUCGCUCUCUCGCUCUCUCUCUCUCUCUCUCUCUCCGGUCGUAAACUUUUCUUUCUGUGGGUGCUUCCUUUAGCAUUUCACCUCCUUGCUUGUCACUCCUCCCCUCUUUCUUCUUAUCUCGUCUUCUUUGAUGCGCGUGCUUUUGCAGCGCUCCCGCUCUCGUAUGUGGGUGAAUUUCUAUUCCUUGCCUUGCCCUCUUCCUGUUGGAUUAUGGGUGGUUCGUACGUCCGUUUUUUAAUCUUCGGUCGAUCUGUUCAGCUUCGGCGAUUGAAGUUUUGUCCGGGAGAGAGAGAGAGAGAGAGAGAGAGAGAGAGAGAGAGAGAGAGAGUACGGAAAGAAGGUAGGCGGCACGGGAUGGGUAGAAGGGGAGGGAGCCAGAGAGCGGGGGGGGUGCACGCAACAGACACACAGACACAGAGAGAGAGAGAGAGAGAGAGAGAGAGAGAGAGAGAGAGAGAGAGAGAGAGAGAGAGAGAGAGAGAGAGAGAUCCUGACAGUGUACAUAGCCUAGGAGCCGAUCUGAAUGAAUGCAUCGUUUCAGU